UUCGCGGUUAGGCGAUGACGUCACUCAUGGACGCGACCACUGUUCAUUUUGUGUUUCUUUUCCUGUCCGAAGUUAAUUCAUUUUCAAACUGACAGCAAGUAUUAAGAUCAUCAUGAAGCCAGACGCUGAUAAAUCUUCGUGAAUUUUCCUUUGAAAACCGCGUAGAACAUCAGCGAUCAUGAAGCUGCUCCAUAAAGACAUUGAAAAAGAUAACGCCGGUCAGGUGACUCUGAUGCCAGAAGAAGCAGAGGACAUGUGGCACACCUACAACCUGCUGCAACAGGGGGACAGUUUGAGAGCGUCCACUAUAAGAAAAGUACAGACAGAAUCCACGACAGGAAGUGUGGGUAGCUCCAGAGUUAGGACAACUUUGACGUUAUGCGUGGAGACCAUUGACUUUGACACUCAGGCAUGCCGGCUCAGAGUCAAGGGCACCAAUCUUGAGGAGAACCAGUAUGUCAAGAUGGGGGCUUACCACACUAUUGAGCUGGAGCUCAACAGGAAGUUCACGCUUGCUAAAAAGAGCUGGGACAGCGUUGUGUUGGCCAGAAUCGACGAGGCCUGCGACGCCACGCAGAAGGCGGACGUGGCCGCGGUGGUGAUGCAGGAGGGCUUAGCCAACCUGGUGCUGGUGACCCCCGCCAUGACGCUUCUGCGGGCCAAAGUGGAGCUCACCAUUCCUCGCAAGCGGAGGGGGAGCUGCACCCAGCACGAAAAGGCUUUGGAAAGGUUCUAUGAAGCGGUCAUGCAGGCCAUACUUCGCCACGUUAACUUUGAUGUGGUGAAAUGCAUCCUGGUGGCUAGUCCGGGUUUCGUGAAGGACCAGUUCAUGACGUAUCUUUUUAAAGAGGCCGUGCGACAGGACAACAAGAUUCUGCUGGAGAACCGACCCAAGUUCAUGAUGGUCCACUCGUCAUCUGGUCACAAGUACUCCCUCAAAGAAAUCCUCUCAGACCCCACAGUGACAAACAGGCUGUCAGAUACCAAGGCUGCCGGAGAAGUGAAAGCCCUGGAGGACUUUUACAAGAUGCUCCAACAUGAGCCUGACCGAGCUUUUUAUGGAGUCGCUCACGUGGAAAGGGCCGCAGAAGCCCUCGCCGUCGACACUUUACUCAUCAGUGAUAAGCUCUUCAGGCAUCAGGACGUGCCUACGAGGGCACGCUACGUUCGCCUUGUGGACAAAGUGAAAGACAGCGGAGGCAAUGUCAGGAUAUUCUCAAGCCUUCAUGUCUCCGGUGAACAACUGACCCAACUGAGCGGAGUGGUGGCCAUCUUGCGCUUUCCCAUCGCCGAAGUUUCCGAGGGCGAAGAGGACAGCAGCUCAGAUGACGACUGAAUAUCAAAAUACAGCUGAUUAAUAAAAAACUAAAAA